AUGUUCUCGCUUGCUUUUUACGCAAUUCUGAUGGCCGGGAUUCUCGACUUAGGCAUGUCAGCAUUACUUAACUCAAACUUAAUGCUACUAGUUCAAUCUUUCUGAACAAUCGCAUAACGAUCGUGCUUCUCCCUGUCAGUUUAAAGGAAAAUCAUUUGCUUGCGAACAUUUAACUCCCAUGUACUGUUUUUGGAGAAUGAGCUAAUUCUUUUUUCUAUUGUGAGGCAAUUGUUUGCUGCAUGUCUUCAUACGAUAAGCGCGAUGUCGAUGUUCAUAUUCGUCUUCCACUUUACCAAGCAAGCUGUUCUGAGUAUUUCGUAAACUUAGCAAAAUGGCAGGAAAGUGUUCGUGUUGACUGUCGACGGCAGACAGUGCACUCAUUUCGCCAUAAUAAAUGGAAGGACGCUUCUGCAAUUUGCAUCAAGACAUGAAUCGGCACUUAUUCAUAACAGUAUUAUAUUAUACGAUUAUCAAGCACGGUAGCCUAGCAUCAGAUACAGUACUGAUCGUCAACGAGCUCGAUUUUAAAAGCAAUACAUCUUAAAGGGCAUGCAGCUUUUCCUGGAUUAAACUAAAUCAACAUUAUAACCAUGUAACUCAUCUGAAAAAAAACGCAAAGAACAACUCCAAACUCAAGGCAGUUAAUCAAGCUUUUAACUGGGAUCCCGCAUUUAUUCUGAAAAUGCUUGCGGUCAUAUUAAUGCUGAGGUAACAGGAGUACUUUGGGCUGCACGAAUGCAAUUUUAAAGUCGGAAUUUCGUGGUCUUCUAAGGAAAUACUUAAUGGCUGUGCUCAGACAUCGAUACAUUUUAUUUUCGCGCUAAAUUUUUGUAUAAAAUAAUUGUGAAGUGCGAAUAAGCAUAUUUUUGGGGAAGCAAAAAUUACCUUGCCUGUUUUCCACUGACAAAUUAGUAUUGAUACUGCUGUUUUGAGUAGUCGCGGUAAUCUAUUACGUCUCACAUUUUGCCCUGCAGGUGUGAUCAGUAAGCCCAACACAAUCAGUGUAUGCAAACAGCGCCAUGCGGGAUGCGUGUCGUUUUCUGAUAAGCAGGACAACUUCAAGUCAUACCGUCGGUGCCUGACUGACUGCAGAUUUAGAAGCGGUAGGUUUAUUUUUCGCCACCAUCUUAAACAUUUUAAUACAACAACUGCCAACGUAACUUUAUUUUUCCUAGUAAUUGAAGCGCGGCCGACAGUGGCAUAUGAAUGUACUAAUCGCACACAUAAUUGCAACCCCUUGACAUAUAACGACGCCUCCGCGGGAGGGGAUGACUUCCUUGAUUGGGUAAAAUGUCUUCAGAUUUGCGACCUGCUAUCUACCGGUAAGUCAUUAGUCAAAUUGACUUGAUCAUUGGCAUGUUCUUCGAAUUUGUUAGAAACGUGUGCAUUGAAUGCAUAUCACACACCCACAUUGUAGUAACAUUUACUGUGCGCCCUUUUUUACUCCUAAGACAGUUGUUUAACGUCAAAAAGAGAUGCUUGCAGAUUUUUACGCACUUUCGAUAAUAAGCGCGAGUGAAACUGGGUUUUCAGCAUAAGGAGUUAAUCGAUGUCACUCCUGAUUGUAUUGUCAACUUCGAUUUAUAGACAAGGGAGAAAUCGUUGCCAAAUUUGAGCUCUGCGAUCACACCAAGUCCAACUGCUUCAGUUUCAGCAAUAGCAAUAACAAUCUCCAGGCUUUCGUGAGGUGCUACGAGAACUGCCAAGUAUACCAGGAAGGCAAGUAUAACGUUCGCUUUUGGGGAUGA